CCUAUCCUCAAGCACUUCUACUCGAUCAUUCUAGCCGGACCUUGAAGGCUUCUGAAUUCUGUCAUGGCUACAAAUAACCAGUCCAUCUGCAAUUCUUUUGCUCCAAAGCAACCCGUGAAGACGACCACUCCCGAUACAUCAUCUCCCUCGCAACAAUCACGCGCACCCUCUCCAAUAACAUCAAAACAAAACGUAUCGGCAGCAGAGAGCGGUGCAUCAUUGAGUUCAAGUCGCACGCUGUCCCCCUUUGCGCAAGAUUCAACUUCUAGUUCUACUCUUUCACCUCCACCACCAAGUAAUGACGCCAUGGAUUCCCCGACCCCGGCUCAAGAUUCAUCGGCCAACGUAGACUCAAGUGCUGGAAGAUCAAGAAUUAUCAAAAGUUCUGACGAUGAAGACGAAGAUUCGGAUUCUUCCCUUGAGGACCUGACGGUGAUCCUUGGGAAGCGCAGUUCCGCUCAGAGUACCUACAAAACUGCGCCAGGCACCCCACCAGCUUCACGGUUCAGGAGGGGGCCAUACAACUUUCAUCUCUCUCCGCUACCUGUACAAACCAAGUACAAGUUUGACAUGAAAUCUUUGAUCAAGCAGGCAGAGAAAGAUGAAGCUACCGAGGCUAGCGCCAAAAGAAUCAAGGCCAUGGUGGCUGCACCGCAACAAGAGGCAGAGAGCAGAAGGCGCCUCGAUCCAGCAAAGGGCGUCAAUGGUGCGUUAUUGGAAUCAGUUGUUGCUGGAAAGGAAGACGGGGGAAUGCAAAAGGUUCAGCGCGCUCUAAUGAGAACAGAGGCAACAACUGUAGAAAAAUGUUGGUACUUUUUCGAUGCCCAAAACCCUCCGAAAGUAAUGAGGCAAGCUUUCCCAUCCAAGGCAGUAUCCCAAGAAUGGAAAGGAGAUUUAGGGAGUUCUGAAAUGCGACACCAUACAUUUGUCUCUGGUUUUGCUGAAGAUAUGAUUUCCUAUGGAAAAUUGCUGCCUGAUGAGAUUUUCUUAUGGAUACUUGACGAGGCAUGCCAUGAACAAGAGGACGCCCUUCGAACUGCAUACUACAACAUACUGGAAGAGUCCACGCAACAAAUCCAGAGGCUAUUAACCCCAAAACUUGUCGAAGCUAGUUUAAGGAACAUAGGCGGGACACCAACGGCGACGGAUAUUACGAAGAAGAUCAAACAAACUGCGGUACCUGUUGGCGCUUCGUCUGUUGAUUAUGAGUGGGCACCCCUUCGUUCUCUCAUUCGCUUCUAUCAGCAAGUGGCACAAUCCUUGAAACAAGACAGUAGGCAACAUCUCAUAUGUUCGCUACUGCGUGUGAGUGCAGAUAAAAAUGUUUGCAAAAGCGUCGAUCUUCUUGACCUACUACAAGCAACAAUCAGAAGACUUUGCAAAUACACCGGGAAAGAAGCUGAUUGGGAACAUUGUGUAAGAAUUCCCAGUACUUGAGUGCAGAAUACUAUACUGACAUGGCUAAAAGUGUCAAAACGUUUGCAAAUCAAUGUUAGAUGCUGUUGAAUCAGCAACCCUUCGUUUGCAAAUUGUGCAGACCAUACCAUCUACAUCUCCUCGGACACAUGACCUUCGGAGAAGAUUGGCUCUCUGCUUCUUUUUCGAGGACAUUUCCUACUGCAAAGUUCAUCCUCACGCAGCAACCGACCUCAAUGAAUUUGUUGAUCGACUUGGAGAUCCAGAUUUUGUUGCCAACUCCGAGACCGACUAUCAAGAACUAACAGCUCUUGUGGCUUUACUGGACAUAGCUGUGGAUGAUGGUCGAUCCUCUAAAUUGGAUCUCGGGAACCCUAGUGUCGCUGAACAGUUUGAUGAAGAUGUGGAUGCAUUAGUGAGCGCUGUAAGAAAGGUGAUGAGGAGUAUUGGAAAUCCUGGAGCUGCUUUCAUAUCAAGAAUCGAGGCUAAAGAGGCUUUGGAGCUUGUCAGUCAGCGAUUUUCGGAUACUCUGAGGACAAAGCAGAAACCGAAGCUUACACACUUCGAUAAACCUCGAGUGAAAUUCGAGAAUCUCACAAAGGAGAAGAGUGGGAUGAGCGCAUUUUUGGCGAGAGGUAAAGGGAAUAAUUUUAAUGGGACGAAAUAACGUCCGACCGUUCAUAAAUAGCUUCUCGAUUUAAUGAGGUUCAAUGCCCG